GUACACCGCAUGAAAUUAAAACGACCAUCGUAUUUACGUGAGAUCCGAUAAGACCCGUUCAUGGUCGGAUCUUGGGCAAGUUGUUCCCAACCAGGCCCUGCUCAAAGUUCUAAAAACGCCCGCCAUUAGCUCCAGCCUCUAGCCUCUUGUCAUCUCCAUCCAUCCGUCGUUCCGGGGGACGCACUGCACAGAGAGCUGCAAUUGACUGCUCUCUCUCUCCCGCUCGGGCUCAUGUUGACGAGUCCUCGACCUCCUGCUUUCUUUCUCCACUCGCAGUACUCGCUACCUUCAGCUUCAGUCCCUCACUCCGCAGCAAUCUCUUCCCCCAAGUCGUCCCUUUUGCUGAAUUCGGGUCUGCCGUCCAGAAUCGGAUUGAGAGCGCCAUUACUUCAUGUGCAAUGCCGCUGCGUCAACUCAUCACCUAAUGUCGAGUUCGAAUCGGGGGCGUUCCAUGUGUUAUUUCAAGAACUCGGGCUCAAUGAAAAAGACACCGAAUCUCUCGUGACCAGGGACCCGGGUUUGAGGCUGAAAUCUAUCCGAUCGUUGCGGGCUCGUGUCGCCUCUUUGAAAUCUGUGGGAAUCAGUGGCCCUGAGCUCUGCCAUUUGGUUGCGAAAUGCCCUUCGGUGUUGGCAGCAGAUGAAAUCGAUCCCUUUAUACUAUUCGUGCGCGACAAUUUAGAUGGAAAGGUUGACCCGGCGCAGCUCAAGCGUCUCUUUAUGUCAACAGAGCCGCGAUUCCUAGUCGGAUUCGAUGAAAAGGUUAAUUUGCUGAUUGACGGUGGGAUUCCUAGAGAAAAGAUCGUUCAUGUUCUCAACAAUGUGAAUUUGACGAAGGCUUUAUGUUUUAAGCCGUUUGAAGAAAUUGAAAGGCUCGUUCAUUUCUUGAGCCGCUAUGGUGGGGUUGAGGUGAUUGUGAGGCAUCCCCCCAUUCUUAACUUUGAUAUGGACGGCCAGUUGAUUCCGAGAGUGGAGUUUCUCCUAGAACUUAGCGGAGGAGAUGAGGACGCCACCGGGGCUGUGUUGCGCAAACUGCCUACCUUUUUGAAAUACCGUGUGGAACACGUGGAAAGCCAUGUAGAGUUGUUGAGGUCAUUUGCGGGAUUAGAUGAUCAAGAAAUAUUCAGGAUCAUUCUCGUGUUUCCUAACAUUGUUAGCGCGAGCAGGGAGAGGAAAUUGCGUCCCAGAAUUAGUUUUCUCAAGGAAUGUGGUCUGGACUCUACUGAGAUUUUCAAGUUCUUGACAAAAGCCCCUUUGUUUUUGGGUCUAUCUUUUGAGGGGAACAUUGCUUAUAAGCUUGGUUUUUUGGUGAAAAUUGGUCACAAGUACAGAACCAAGGAAUUCGCAGUUGCAAUAGGCGCUGUGACUAGGACAAGUUGUGAGAAUAUGCAGAAGGUGAUUGAGCUCUUCUUGAGUUACGGGUUUUCCUGUGAAGACGUGCUUCUCAUGAGUAAGAAGCAUCCUCAGAUACUUCAAUAUAAUCCUGAUUCUCUGGAGGAGAAAGUGGAAUAUUUGGUAGGGGAGAUGGGACGCGACCUUGAGGAGCUAUUGGAUUUCCCUGCAUUCCUGGGUUAUAAACUGGAUAGUAGAAUUAAGCAUAGAUAUGAGGUGAAGAAGAAGAUUAUAGGUGAAGGAAUGUCGAUCAACAAGCUGCUGAGUGUUUCGUCCGAGAGAUUUGGAAAGAAGAAGCUAAAAGAGCUGGUGCACGAAGCCAAAAAAUUAUAGGAUUGCUAAAUUUCAUCUGCAGAAGUUCAUGGACAAAUUGAUGGAAAUUGUGCUGAGUUUCUCAAAGCUUUAUGAAUUCAAGGUUUUUGCUUUUUCAAUCAGGUGAAAUUCUAGCUGUGACUUCCUUAGGUGAAGAUAGAAAGUCAUUUUUUUUUCUUCAUCCCUACACUUGCAAAGCCAUUACGGAGUUUGAAGAAAAUGGUUGGCCCAUACCCAGUUGAAUGAAAUGACUGAGUAUGCUCCAUUUUAAGGUCAAAACAACAAGAAAAGUGGCUGAUCUUUGUAUUUAUGCAACAGUCAAUUACAAAGGAAAUCCACCUUGAGUAGAUAGCAAUGUUCCUUU